UCUAGUAGUCGUGGCUUCGAGUCCAGCGACCUAUCACUGGGGUAGGGUGACCGUUGCUAUUAUUUGGCACAUUAACAAACCAAUCUCCGUGGAAAGUCUGAACUUUUGUGUGAUAAGAUUAACUUGAUGUAUCAAACAGCGCUUUUCCUGCCCCGUGUGCGUUCACGAUGGAGACGCUGCUCGGCCUCGUUUUUCUGGCGCUUCUUUUGCUCCUUUUGUGGAUCCAAGUGAAAGGUGUCGACUACGUGCUAGUUCACCAGCGUUGGAUGUUCGUUUGCUUGUUUCUGCUGCCUUUGUCCGUCAUUUUCGAUGUGUACUUCUACGUGCGAGCCUGGAUCAUCUUCAAGAUGUGCUCUGCGCCGAAACUGCAUAAACAGCGUGUGUGUGAGAUCCAGAGACAGGUGCGCAAGUGGCGGGAGGAGGGCUGCAAGGGCUUCAUGUGCACGGGCCGACCUGGCUGGCUUUCAGUGUCCCUGCGGGUGGGCAAGUAUAAGAAGACCCACAGGAACAUCCCCAUCAAUAUGAUGGACAUCCUGGAGGUGGACACCCAAAAGCAGGUGGUGCGAGUGGAGCCCCUGGCCAACAUGGGUCAGGUGACGGCACUCCUCAGCUCCAUCGGCUGGACUCUGCCCGUGCUCCCCGAGCUGGAUGACCUCACAGUGGGUGGUUUAGUGAUGGGCACCGGCAUCGAGUCGUCCUCUCACAUUCACGGCCUCUUCCAGCACAUCUGCGUGGCCUACGAGCUGGUGCUGGCUGACGGCAGCUUCGUGCGCUGCAGUGAGGACGAGAACUCGGACCUCUACCACGCCGUGCCGUGGUCCUGCGGCACUCUGGGCUUCCUUGUGGCAGCCGAGAUCAAAAUCGUGCCCGCCAAGCCGUGGGUGAAGCUGCAUUACGAACCGGUGCGAGGUCUGGACAACAUCUGCAGCCGCUUCGCUGAGGCGUCCCGGGACAAGAGCAACACUUUCGUGGAGGGCAUCCAGUUCGCGCUGGACUCUGCCGUCAUCAUGACGGGCAGCAUGAGCGAGCACGCCGAGCCUGACAAGAUCAACAGAAUCGGCCUGCACUUCAAACCGUGGUUCUUCAGACACGUGGAGGGCUACCUGACGGGCGGCAAGCGCGGAGUGGAGUACAUCCCGCUCAGACACUACUACCACAGACACACACGCAGCAUCUUCUGGGAACUGCAGGAUAUCAUUCCCUUCGGCAACCACCCGGCGUUCCGCUGGCUCUUCGGGUGGAUGGUCCCCCCCAAGAUCUCCCUGCUGAAGCUCACGCAAGGAGAAACCAUCCGCCGUCUGUACGAGCAGCACCACGUGGUCCAGGACAUGCUGGUGCCCAUGAAGCACCUGGAGGCCGCCAUCACACGCUUUCACCAGGACGUCGAGGUUUAUCCUCUCUGGCUCUGCCCAUUUCUCCUGCCACCCGGAAGGGGCAUGGUCCACCCCAAAGGCGAAGAGGAGGAGCUAUACGUGGACAUCGGCGCAUAUGGCGAGCCCAAAGUCAAACACUUUGAAGCAACGGCGUCGACAAGGCGGCUGGAAAAAUUUGUCCGAGACGUCCACGGGUUCCAGAUGCUGUACGCGGACGUCUACAUGGACCGCGCCGAGUUUUGGGACAUGUUCGACGGGCAGCUCUAUCACAAAUUGAGACAGGAGCUCGGCUGCAAGGAUGCUUUCCCUGAAGUUUACGACAAAAUUUCAAAGGCCGCCAGACACUGAUUUUCUGCGGUCGGAGGUCAUAUCAGGUCCUUAAGACUGUCUUAAGUGAUGAAAUAGAAGUUAUGUUACAUUGCA